AUGUGUAAUUUUUGUUAUUUAUUUACGUAUUUAAUUUCAUUUUUUGUACAAAUGUUGAUUUUUACAAAUAAUAAGUCACUAAACGACUCGGCGUACAAAAUACGCAAGCAAGUUCUAGCUACCGGUUCUCCCACCUUGCCACCGAGCUUGUUUACUCGUUGCUAUAAAAGGCGGCUACGGCGUGUCGACAGCUCAGACGUUGUUCAACCGUCGGACACGGCACAUCGGUGCUCUGAACUGUCUCCAUUAUCAGGUUACGAGAUUGGGCAUGCAGCCUCCGGACGAAACCAGGUCGGAUGAGCCGUCUGCAGGGUCGAGUAACGGCAGGCAGUCACCCAUCUUGGCACCACGAGCAGCAUCGCCUUCAGCCACUCAGGGGAGUGAGACUCCGGGCGGCCCUACUGCCGGACAACAUACAAGGACAGGUUUCGUUCCCGUUACUUUUAUGCAGACUAUGAUGCAAGAGAUGAUGUCCAAACUUAUAGAGACUACUGCUAGUGCUUUUAAUACUUAUCACUCAAAGCCUGGUCCUCGUGUCCGUAAUUUAGACAAUAUUUAUGUCCCACCUUUCGAUCCUGAUGAUCGCGCCGACACUAUAAAAGUUUGGUGUGACAGUCUAAACGACUUAAAAAGAGAAUACGAGUUGACUGAUAGGGAAAUUCUUAAUUUGUCCCGUAAAAAUUUACGAGGACGUGCGGCCGAAUGGUCUCGGCGUAACUACACAACUUUGACUACCUGGUCGGAACUCAAAACAAGGCUUGUGGAAACAUUUGCAGAUGAAGCGCGCUACUACGAUGACCUCACUCUCUUCAUGGAGUACACCAGUGAGCAGGCAAGCAGUCUCGCCGAGUAUGCUACGCGGAAAUGGGAGCUUGCCAGGAAGGCGAUUGGCGUGGAGAUGACUGAGCAGCGACUAGUCGAGGCCGUGAUAUCUGGUAUGUCAGAUUUUCGUAUACGUUCUGAUUUGUUACGUUUGACGCCCAAAAAUUUGCCGCAAUUGAUUCAAAGCCUAAAUUCAUAUAAACGCAAACGAUCUAGUAAAGACACUGACCAAAGUAUUCCACCCAAGAGAACUAAGACCAGCAACUUUGAUAACAAACUAAAGCGUUGCCACAAAUGCCAAAAGUUAGGUCAUUUACUAAAGGACUGUCGUUCGACUGUCGUUACUCAAGAACCUCAAAAAGAAGUUUCUCUACCAUCUACCUCUAACAGUAACAAGCCUAUUGUUACGUGCUCAUUUUGCAAAAGAAAAGGUCAUACGUUUGAUAACUGCUUUCAGCGUCUUAAGAAAAACAAGGACGAAAAAUCACAAUCAAGUAAUGUCAAUUCUGUAGUUAUGAAUAACGAAGCGUUGUAAGACUGUAAAUAU